AUUCAGUUAAUUGUAAAUGGAGUCUUUACGUGCUAUCGAACUUAAAAUCCACCAACAAGAAAAGCUUUACUACCAUAGAGAUGAAUACAUGGACCACAAAUGUGUUCUGAGCAGACCUCUGGGCUACUCCAUGAAGAAGCUCUACGAAGGCCAGUGAGGCAUGAGGAGCAAGAAGGAGGUACGGAAAUUUGGAUGUGGCAAAUUAAAAGUUCAAUUCAACAUCCUUGAGAUAAUGGAUGAUAUUGCCCACUAUCCAGCCACUCAUCUGGAGUACAUGGAGUUCAAGUACUUUGAUGAGUUGUACAUCAGCCAUUCAGACAGGUACAGAGCGCCAAAUUCACCAAAAGUUCACACGAAGAGUAGCAUCCCUAGGAGAGGCAUCAUCAACAUCUGCAGAGUGGCAAGGUUUAUUAGAAGAAGACCUAGCAUCGGAGUUCCCUGCCUUUCAGCGAAAGACAUCAAUGCUCUCUUGCAUGCAUUCCAUCAUAUUGGAGAGAUCUGGCUUAGCGUAACUACAGUUCCUGGAGCUACAACUGAUUUCAGAGUCAACCCUUCUGUUGAGUUCAAGAUCGGCAGGAUCCUCCAAGACGGAAUGGAAGAUAAAGACCACUGGCUAGCUGCCAUCAUACAGUCUCCAUCAAUCAGAAAGAAUCUGAGAGAAUUCGGAGGCUAUUUCCAUGGAAAAAAUGAAAAGCUAGAGAAGAUUCUGUCAGAGUGGGACUCCAACAUCGGUAUUGAAAUAAGAUAAUUCAAUUGGAGGUGAA